AUGUCAACUCCAUUGGCUGCUAGACGGGAAAGGAGAAAGGUAAGUAGAAACCGUAAUUCUCGUGAAGGCUCGCCCAGUGAUUCUCAUGCAACCACACCAGAAAUUGCCGACGACCAAGAAUUUGAGAAUGAUUUAGACUACCUAUUGACUAACAAGCAGAAGAAGAAAGCGGAGGAAUACAUUGAAACCAAGGUAGCAUCAGAAGUCAUCAUUACCGGUUCCUGGGGAGAAGAAAAAAUUGCAGCUGCAACCAAAAAACCAACCAAGCAAAAGAACUUCACUCUUGCUGAUGUCACCAAGGAUAUGGAAGGACUCAAUUUCUCAAGUGAUAGCGAUGAAGAUAAUGAAUCAUUAAAGAAGCAAUCUUCUACUCCUUCUCCUCUGAGAAAGAAGAAGUCCAAAUCCAAAUCCAAAUCCAAGUCUAAGAACAAUAAAGUACCAUCCCCACCUGCUUCUCAAGAAUCAAACAAGAUCAUGUCACAGGAAGAUCAAAUUAAGAAAGAAGAGGAUCAUGCUACUACUAUUCUCCCAAGUGAUUCACUUGUUUGGUCUGAUGACGAGUCAAUCACUAUUCCUCCUGCACAAAUUGUUCCCGUUAUUGGUUCCAUUUCUAAAUCGGCAGAAAGAGCAAGACAACGUAGACAAAAGAAAAAGUUGUCCAAGCAAAUUAAUACUCUCACUGAAGAUGAAAAAGAACCAACAGUUAGUGUUGUUGCAAAACCUGAAGAAUCCAAAGCCUUCAAAAUUACAGGGGAACAAUUCCCUGAAUUAAAAGUUAAAGAGUCAAAAAAGAAAAAGAAUUCAAGACCAAACUCAAAAGGUUCAAAAGCUAUAACUGAUGAUAAUCAUUCCAAGAGUGACUCAAAGAAGAAAUCGAAAAGGCUCAAAUCUCAAGAUUCAAGUAAUGGAGAAAUUGCCUCAAAAGUCGAUGCAAAAUCAGCCGGAAAGUUAACCUUAAAUCUGUUAGAUCAAGAAAAUCAUGAAUCAGAAAAGCUAGAAAAGGUUUUGGUGAUGCAAUUGAAGAUGGAUGGGGCGACCUUGGAAAUAGCAGAAGUAGAGGCAAUGAUGGUUACGACAACAAAAAUUAUGACAACCAGCCAUUCGAUGGAUGCGGUGAAGAACACCGUGGAGAAUAUCGCGAAGGACACCAUGGGGGACGCCAUGGGGGACGCCAUGGAGGAUACCGUAACGGUCACCACGGAGAACGAGGUGGCAGUGGCAGAGGCAGAGGCAGCAGCCGUGGACGAGGAAGAGGUAGAGGAAGGGGAAGAGGAAGGGGAAGAAUCAACACAGAGUACUAAUGGCCACAUUACCAGGGAAGAAAAGCGCAGACUAAGAAAUGUAAAACGAAGACAACGAAGAAUGAAAUUUAAACGAGCUGCAGCAAAAGAGGGUAAAGAGGGUAAAGAGGGUAAAGAGAAUAAAGAGAAUAAAGAGAAUAAAGAGAAUAAAGAGAAUAAAGAGGUUAAAGAGGUUUCUGAUUUAUCCACUGAACCACUUCCCAAUAUAAAAAAAUUGCAAAUAUUACAACGCGAGCCAUCCAUAGAAACUACACCUGUACCAGCUACUACCAAUCCAUUUGCUGUAAAAUUAAGGCCCGUCAAUAUAUCUACUAAUAAAAAGUAUUCUGAAACCUUGCCUGAAAUUCAUCCUAUCAAGACCAUCAUUGGUAUUACCCAUAAACAAAUUCUCAAUUCUGAUUUAUCUGAUGUUAAAAUCAAGACCUUGAUUUCUUCAUCUUCUGUUUCCAAAUAUGCUUCAACUGUGGUCAAAUUUACCACUGCACAUUCUGAAGAUUUAUUUGGAGACGAAGACUUGAAGCGAAUUUUUAUGUGUUUAUGCCUAAAUGUCGCUCUCUUUGAAUCUCUUGGAUUUAGAAAGACGAGGAAACAAUUUGCCAAUAUCUUGGAGUUAUUCGGCGGAUAUGAUGAAAUCAACUUGGAAACAACCAGAACCAAGAUGACCCCUUCUACUAAAAUGAUUCAUCAAAAUAAUUUGGAUUAUUCUGUUUUGUCGUACGUGGGGCAUAUUUUAAUUUGGGCAGUAAACCAACAACGUCAAGCAGGUGUUCCACUAUUUACUGAAAAGUUUGAUUUGGAUUUAUCUCAGGCAAUGAUCAAAGAGAAUAUCGGGGGAUAUCAUUUGUGGGACCGAUUACAUCGAGAAGCUAAGUCCAUGAACUCAAAGAGAUGGAAACACAUUAUCAAAUUCCGAACUGCUUUUCCGUACGAAGAAGACCAGUUUAUGAUUAUAUUGAGGUUUAUGAAGAUAUCUGAUGAUAUUCCUUAA